AGAACAUCUCCACUCCAGAAACACACAGUGGAAUAAAGACGGACUUUAAACAAUACAUUUCAUCUCAAAAUGGACCAAAAAACACCGAGGAAAGCGGAGGAAUGUGUCCGAAAUGAGUCAGGAAACAGGUCAAGGAUGGUAGAAGGCGGCCAUGAAGUGUAGGAGCAAAACAAAACAUCGGAAUGCUACAGGCUGUCUCCCUGCUGUCGUUGUUGUUGGGACUCAUGGGAUGCGCUUUGGCGGGGCUCAACAUCUGGCCCUCCUUCCAUGUUGCCCUUAGCAAUGCCAGCGUGUUUGUGGACUUCAGCACAAAAAGCAACAGCAGCCUCAUCCGCCAAAUGAGCCUGUCGCUCAUCAACAUGGACACCAACUCCACCCUUCUGACGAGGACUCUUCCCAACAACCAGUCUGCAGGUCGGGUGGAGUUCAACUGUUCUUGCUUCCUGUAUGCGGGAACGUUCCGCUUCCUGUUGAGGCAGAGCAGCACCCUGGAGAUGGACUCUAAUGCGACGGGGCGUUUGGAGAACACCUGGUGGUGGAGUUCUGAACUGCAGGUGCAGUGGCCUACAUUUCACAUCGCUGUUGAGCGGGAUGCAAACAACACAGGGUCUUUUCAGAUUGGAAUAUCUACCAAUGAAUACUUCCAGCCUUGUUCAGUAAUCCUCGAUCCCGCUCUCCUCUUAGAAGUCAGCUAUAUGGAGUACAACCAGAUAGGACGAAAAGGCAUCAACAAGGUGCAAGCCCGCACACAACAUCCAAUCAAACUUCUUCGUUCCCAGAUGAUCAAGCUGCCCUGUGCCUUUCCUUUUAUGGAGCGAGACUUCAUCCAAGUGGCCCUACGCUCUGUUCACUCCUCACAGGAGGUAAAGAGCUCCGGGCCUCUCUACUUGUCCCAAAUCUUCUCCUAUAAGCUGCUAGUGGGAAACAUGAAUGCCUACAGGAGCGGUUGUGAGGGCACAGUGAGUGUUACACUUGUAACGCCACCUUGUGCACACAUUAAUGGGAAAGUGUUGCUCUAUAAAGACGCCGUCGUUGGAAGAGGGGUUGCUGUUUCCUCUGGGAUGGGAGCAGGUGGAACAGCAGUGCUAGGAUUCGGGCAGGAGGAGCCGUCAUCUCCUCCGCUGGCUUUUAACUGGCUCACACAGGGAGAGAAUGAGACGGAAUUCAACUGCUCUGUUUUUUACCCUGGAAGGAGUAAGUACUGCUUCCGCUUUGUGUUCAACUACAGCCGCUCCCCGAGUCCAGCUCAGACUUGCCUGGUGGUGCACAGGAGUGAAGAGUUCUGGGGGCCCUGGAAGCAGUGGAGUGUGUGCAGUGUGAGCUGUGGCGAGGGGGUCAGGGAACGUGUGAGAGAGUGUUUGCUGCCCUCUGGUGUUGAAGGCAAGCACUGCACGGGCAUGGUGAAGGAACAGUCUAUCUGCUCGCUGGAAGACUGUGCAGUGUUUCCAGGACCUUCCCCAUCACUCCCCCCGGUUCUUGCUGGAGUUGUACCCCUCGGUGGUAACAUGGUGGUGGUGGCUGGUAUAUCCCUGUGCCUUGCUGUCAUUCUAGCCACUAUCGUCAUAACCGUGUGGAGGAAGCUCUGCCGGACCCCUCAGUGUAGCUCCGUCCGCAGGGGCUCUAUGCAUUCCCCUGGCGGGCGCAAACUCUCUGAUGAGGCUUCCAUUUGCGGUAAUAGCCUUCAGAGGCCGAGUUUUGUUGAUAGCCCAGGACAGGCAGUGCCGGCUGGCGUGGACAGGGGAUCUGUUCCACAGACAAUCACACAUCUCUCACAGGACCCAGAGAGGCUGUCUCCCACAGGUCAGAAGGUGUUGCCACCCAUUUUUGGGUAUCGCUUAGCUCAGCAGCAGUUAAAAGAAAUGAAGAAGAAGGGAUUAAAGGAGGCCACACAGGUCUACCACGUCUCCUCAAGCCCAGUUCAUGACACCAUGGUAGGGACGUCCACUUCACCCAGCAGCUCUGUUAUUCCGACAUCCACCGGGCUGCCGUGCCUCCACGGGGAACAAAACCAGUCCUUUUCUGAGUUACCGCUCCAGGCUUCCAGAAUCACACGGGAGCCACUGACGCCGAGGGUGGAGCUCAUCUUGGGGCCCCCGGUUUCUGGUCACGUAAAUGAGGGCAGCUCCAGGUGGCUCAACCGAACUGCUGACUGGGUGGAGAUGGUACAGAAGAGUGGAUUAGUGGGAAACUCUUCUCAGAAGAAUCCACAUUUCCGUAGGACUUCCAGUUUUACAGACGCAAAACCCCAAAUUUCCUCUUCAGGACACUGCGGAGCAUUCAGAGAGCGGAGCAUGACUCAGGUGGGAUCUCGGACUCUCCCUGAAGGAAACUCUUGGACCAAAGAGAGAAGAGAGAGGCCGUCAUUUAGCUCCUACCCCAUUCCAGAGCAUGACACCCCAAAAUGGACCCAUCCCAGAGCCCAGGGAUGCAACCAAAGGAAGCCCUGGAUAGAAACCUCCAUUCCUUCUCACACUAAUGAAGUGAAGCAUGCAGGAACCAACACUUCUGAGGAACAUCUGGACUGCAGUGGCACCACAGAGGGGCAUAUGGGAAUCUCAGGAAUUGGUGGUCCAGCCACAAGUCCAACCAGUCCUCACGGAGUGAACCUGCUCAGUGUGGAACGGGCCGAGCAAAACUGGAACCGCCGUGGUCCAUCACCUAUCCAGAGGAACAUGCUGGCAAGAAAACUGAAGGAGGCUCAGUCCUGCUCUGGAGCUAAAGGGCGUCAGCGCAGUUCCACCUUCAGUGUGUCGUCAUUAGAGCACAGGAAAGACCAGUGCCACUCACUGCCUGGUUCUGGAGGCUGUGCCAGUGGCGAGCGUUCUGCUUACAGGUUGAGUGGAGUUGAGGAGAGGAUGAUGGACCUCGACCUCUCCUCAGGGAAGCAUUUCACAAGAUCGAUUCCCGGUUCUUGUCCCGAAUGUCAGGGCCAACGCCCGGGUUCGGAUUCAGGUGUGAAUGGAAGUGUUGCAAAGAUGGAUGAUGCCAAAGUGGAGAUUGAUGAUGGGAGGGAUGAUGCUGUGGAAGCAGACACCCUCUACCAAAACAUCCGGAAGAAGAUUACCCCCUUUGUUAUGUCCUUUGGAUUCCGGUCAGUGUCUUUUGGAAUUCUGCAAGUACUAGUACUCGUGUAUUUUGCAGGAUCCUAUUUGCUAUUCUCUUUUUUCCUCAGUGUAUUUGGAGUGGUACUGAUCCUGGUUGACAUCGUACUCGUCAUCGUGGACAUUUCCCUGCCAGCCAGGAGCAGAGAGGUCGGCAACUCUCUGGAGACUGUGUCCCUCAUCAUCUCCUUCUUCUUCCUGGCCGACGUUCUCCUCAGGAUCUACGUGGAAGGUUUUAAAGUGUAUUUUGGCUCCAAGCUGAACAUCAUCGACGCCUGCGUUGUGGUCGUCACGCUGGUGGUCACCAUGAGCUACACCUUCACUGACCUAUCAGGAGCCAGUCUCAUUCCCAGGGUGGUGACCUUCCUGCGCUUCUUGAGGAUUAUAAUUCUGGUGAGAGUGUUCAGGCUAGCUGCCCAGAAGAAAGUGCUGGAGAAGGUCACCAGGAGGAUGGUGUCUGAGAACAAACGGCGCUAUCAGAAGGAUGGCUUUGACCUUGACCUCACCUAUGUCACAGACCGAGUCAUCGCCAUGUCUUUCCCUUCAUCUGGGAAGCAGUCCUUCUACAGGAACCCAAUCAGGGAGGUGGCAAGGUUUCUGGACACCAAACAUGAAGGCCAUUACAGAGUUUACAACCUUUGCAGUGAGAAAGGCUACGACCCCCAGUUCUUCCACUACAGAGUUGAACGGGUGUUCAUAGACGACCACAACGUACCUUCUUUAGAGGACAUGCUGAAAUACACAGCUAGCGUAAGAGAGUGGAUGUCUGCCGAUCCCAAAAACGUCAUUGCUAUUCACUGCAAAGGAGGGAAAGGUCGUACCGGCACUCUAGUGUGCACCUGGCUUAUUGACAGUGACCAGUUUGAGAACGCACAGGAUAGCCUGGAGUACUUUGGGGAGAGGAGGACGGACAAGAGUCAAAGCUCCAAGUUUCAAGGAGUGGAGACGCCCUCUCAAAGCAGGUACGUGGGCUAUUACGAGGUGAUGAAGACUAAAUUCAACAGGCAGCUCCCUCCUCCAAAAAGCCUGAGGAUGAAGAGCAUCCGCAUCCACUCCAUAGCAGGUGUGGGAAGAGGUGACGGCAGUGACCUGAAGGUGAAGAUUAUCGUGAGGAAAGAGCUAGUGUUUGAGUGUGUGUGCGCCACACAGCACAACUGCUCAGUCUUCCCUGAUGUGGGCAACAAUGCAGCAAUCAUCAGCCUCCCCAAUGGACCUGUGGUUCAAGGGGAUGUCAAGGUCAUGUUUGAGUCCAGUGCUGGUAUUCCUAAAGGAUACGAAGAUGUCCCCUUCUACUUUUGGUUCAAUACGUCCUUCAUAUUGGACAACAAGCUCUUCUUACCCAGAGAGGAACUGGACAACCCACACAAACCUAAAACAUGGGGCUUGUACAAGGAGGACUUUGGGGUCACAUUGUCCUUCUCAGAUAACUAAUGCUUAUAAUAAAUGCUCUUUGGAAAGAUACACUGC